AGAUAUCGAUGACCUUGGUUUACUUAUUGUCAGACCUUUGAUACGCUCUACGAGUGCAACUGGAGAGUACGAACUCUUCGUCCAGAUUAACAACCCAAGCUUCAUCCUUUUUCUAUGCCUACGCACUCUACUCGUCAGGAUAGUUCGAUCCUGGGGGAGUCUUGGGUAGUAGCCUCACCUUCCUUGGAUAAGGAAGAACGACCAAACAGAGGCCAGCCGCUCGAAAGCCCAGGUCAAAGCCCUCCACUGGACAAAGAAGACGAUAACUAUGGGUGCAACAGUGUAGCCGAAUCAAUGACCACAUCGGCCUCCUCCAUGUCAGGACCUGAGCUUAUCAUGCCCUCGAUCUAUGAAGCGCCUAUUGCAGAGGGGUCCUGGGUUGCACCGGCCGUGCGAUCCAAGUCGAAGUCAGCGCAUUCUCUCAGGCGCAGACAGAAGACGUCGCGUGAGAGCACAGCGCGAAAAGAGUUGCAUGAUUUAGACAUGUCCAGGAACGGUGCUGCUGCUUCUGAACAAGGGCAGGAUUCUAGUCACAUAGAAGAAAAGCUCGCCCGCCCAAAAUUGGCGUCCAGCUCUAAUCUGGUGCAACCGCUGAUUCGAACCAUAAUAAACGUGCUGCUUGUCGUUGCCAUUUCGCAUUUGCUCAUCAUCCCCGAAGUAGUCCAACAGUAUCAGACUCUCUGCACAAUAGAAGCGGUUUCCACUCUGUAUCCGGCCAGCUGUAUCCCACCUUACCCCAAGCCUCAGCCCACCCGUCACCGUGCAACCCGCCUCGACACUGUCGUAUCCUCACAGACCCGACUCGAAUCCCUAUUUAACACGACCCUGCAGGAGAUAACCCCGCUUUCCAGCACGCUGAAACAAAGCGAAUCAAAACUCCGAGACAUCGAGACGGAGCUCCAGAGGGCACAGCCGGGCGCGAAACACGAGCUCGACCUCGAAUUCAACGGCUGCUGGGAAGCCACCAGAGCCGCCACCAGGAAAUUCGAUUCCCUCAAAGUUGACAUGCGGUCUGCGGUCGACAAUUUAAUUGCAACAGGCGGGGCAACGGCAGGUGACUCGGCGUCUGCCGCUCAGGACGCCCGGUUCUCGACGCAGAUAUCGUGGCGGGAACAGUAUCUGGAUCAGCUGACUGCCCGCAUGCAAAGCAAAGCGGACUCUUUGUUGAGCGAUCUUGCUACGCUGGACGACCACCUUGAAUCUAUUGGAAGCAUCUUGGAGCGCGAAGUGAAGCAGUCCUCGACUUCUUCUAGUACAUCCGACUCGGGCGCAGAGUCUCCUGGUAGUGGACUCCGGGCAUUCAUGGGCAAACUGCCACCAUUUCUCCGUCAAACCAAGGAAGAUAACAGCUUAAUUCGUCCCGAUCCAACCAUAAUGGAACUCUUCCAAGACGCUGCCAACCAGCAUCGUCCGGUUGUGGAUGCAGUGCGGCAACUGUCCUCCGGAUUGCAGGCGUUGCAGAAGAGGACGCCCUGAUGUGCCCAGCCCAUGUGAUGCUCUAGCAUGAAGAAACGAUACCCGAUUGGGAGUUUGGGAGUUUUGCAUAUUGUUUGUUCGUUUGUUUGUUUCCCCAUGAUCUGACGGUUUGAAAGUAACUUACGCGACACGAUCUGAUGUUCAUAGUUUCUUGAAGAUGUAGUCAAUGGCAUAAAGACAGCUUUACAUGAAUUUCGAAUGAUAUUCAAUGAUUCCGGCCAA